UGUCACUCUUUGACCAUUGCCAAAUAUUUGACCACUUUUGGCAAAAGUCAAUUUCUUGAUUUUUGCUUUGGAUGACCAAGCCAUGUGGAAAUUACACUGUUGAAAAUGCUUUGACAUACAUGUACACAACAGUGUAUGUGUUAAGCUAGUAGGACACUCUUUGACCAAUGCCAAAUGUUCGACCACUUUUGACUGUUGAAUUUUGACCAAGAUGUACCGGGCAAACAAAAAUAUUCGAAAAACGAAUAGGGACAAAGAGAGCCCAACAACUUGCCAAAACUUAUCUGUCAAAAGUGGUCAAAUAUUUGGCGUCUGGGCAAAGCGAGUACUAGCACCUUUAGUUCAUCCAAUCCCAUCCGAAGGGGGUUUGGAUUGUGAAAAGAAGCUAACCAUGUGCGACUAUGGAAUCGAGUUCAGUUCUACGCCUACUGGCGACGGAGAUAGUCGAGUGACUCCAUAGCUUGAAGAAAUAGAAGCGCCCGUCUAGCGAAUUGGGAGUCGUGAGUUCGAGUCUCACCGGAAUACGUGGAUUUCUUUUCAUAAUUCAAAUCUCAAUUUGUUCAUCGAGCACAUGUUUCUGUUGUGCACAUGUAUGUCAAAGCAUUUUCAACAGUGCACUUUUGACAGUUAAAUUUUGACGAAGGUGUUUGCUCUGUCAAAAGUGGUCAAAUAUUUGGCAUUGGUCAAAGAGUGUCAUACUAGCUUAUGGGUUGCUACCCAAUAUCAAAUUAAAUUUAAAUUAUUAUAACUAAUUAUUAUUAUAAUUAUAUCUAUGAUUGCUUUGACACUCUCCAACAGUUUGUAAACAACUUCUAAAGUGUUUGCGUUCAACAAUGGAUCAUUUCUGGAAAGAAAUAUCGAAAAAAGUAGGUGUUGUACCCGAUAUUAUAAGAAUAGUGCUAGAGCAAGAAAAAUAUAUACAUGGAGGAUUGGCAUUCCUGGACGAUAAUGCCAUCAGCGAUAUUGAAGCGGAUAUAAGGAGGUUCCCGGAAACGACAGGCAAAACGGAAAAAGAGUGGAAUAAACUGCUGGAUUAUCAUGGAGAACUAAAAACGUUCUCGUUUUCUGCCGGUGAGCGCAGCAUUUUAAAAAUGAUCGGUGCCGCGGUGAAGGACCAUGGGAUAUCAAAAUUCAGCAGGUCGAUGCUGCGCGGUCAAGUGACGAACGAGCAAGCCACUUCCUCGGGUGCGUCGGCGUCAUCUCAGGCCUCAACUCUGAAAAACAAAAUCGUCGAUUUCUUCGAAAAAAAGUAUGCGUGAAAUAUCAUUUUUAAGCUCUAAUUGUGUAUAUAUUUGUAUGUUUUUAUAGGUACGGUGCAGAGAAUAUGUGUUGGCUUAAGGACCUAUCCAGCACGGACAUAAUCCUCUCAAAAGACAGCACUGGACUGAAAGCGUCGGUGCCAUGUCCAUUUUGUGCCGCGAGGGUUCUAAUCCGACCCGAAGCAACUGGAACAUGGAAGAUAUCGAACUUUUCGACACACGUACGUGCAAAACAUUUCUCCGCUCCGUGCCCGAAAGAGCGUCCCCAUAAAGACACGCUAAAAAGGCCAUAUCCUGUAGAGAACUCGGAGAAUGUGAUGCCAAACUAUCAGUCUUUCGGGUCAAGCUCACCCCAACAAACGUUACAAGAAGACUGGCUGGAAUCAAGCGAAGUUACUCAGCUUGAUCAACCCAAACAGGCAAUACUCGGUUCGGCGCGAGUGCAGCAGUAUGACGAGCUGAAGAACGAGGAUCAAGAGAACGAAGACCUACAGCUGUACAAUGAAAUCGAAUCUCCUAAAGGACACACUUUUCUUCUUCAAAUUGAGGCCCAACCCCAGUACGCAGAUCCGUUGGCAUACUCGAUUAAUAACCAGUUAAACUAGCAAAACACUGCGGUGAGGCCGACCGCAGUGUUAACGAGAUGGCCAACAAAUCCGACACGAUUAUAUCCAUCUUAUCCAAAUGUUCCGAUCGGUUGGAAUCUAAGCCACCAAAAGGGCGGCGGUACACGACUGCUGAGAUGGAUUAUUUUACCUACAAAUAUAUACAAGGUGGUCGGGCAAUGUACGAGUUUGAGCAAGCAAAUAGCGUAGCACCCGAUAUCCGAACAUGUCAAAGGUAUUUGCACAAAUUAACAUUCGGAGUAGAACCAGAUCGUUUAAGGAUGGAUGAUUUCGCCAAGUUUCUUCAAAUUAACAACUUUCCGAAAGCGUUUGUCCUUAGCGAGGACGCCACCAGAAUUACUGGUGGAAUUGGUUAUGAUAUUACCAAAAACACGGUAUAUGGACUAGUGCCGCCACUGAACCAAUAUGGUAUGCCAAUUGAGAACUUCUUCACUGCAACCAGUCCCAAGAAGGUAAUGGAGUAUCUUGAGAAAUACAGCAUUGGGCGCAACUUGUAUGUUGUAAUGGCUCAGCCAUUGUCAUCCGAUUCGAGACCUUUCUGUCUAAUGUAUACCUGCUCAGACAACAAAUUCAAAACAGAAGAUGUGCUGCGACGAUGGGCAUUCACCGAAAAGGAAUGUGAAAAAGUAGGAAUUACACUGGCUUGUCGGGCAUCCGAUGGUGACGCCCGAUUGGUGCAAUCUAUGCUGCAAAAAAUGGAUAUACCUAAUACAGAUUCGAACCCUUUCGGAGCGUGGUAUACAUGCAAAUAUACGACGAACAACAUAUGCAUUCAAGACCCGACACACCUCAUAAAUAAAUUGAGAAUGCGAAUAAUGAGAGUAGACAAACAGCUGAUAAUUGGUUCCUAUGUGGUAUCAAGGGCACACCUGGUGCAGCUGCUUGCAUUACCAAGAGACCAGCAUGGGCUUACUCCAUCGGAUUUGGACACAUCCGACAAGAUGAAGUUCAAGCCUGUUCAAAAGAUUACACAACCGAGAGUCAUAAAUUUAUUGCGUACAACUAUUCCCGAAAGUCUUGCCACUGCAAUCUAUUUGGAGUUGAUGAACAAUAUCAUGCAAUCUUUUAUGAAUGACGAUAUGACAACAGAGGAUAGAGUGUUCAAUGUCUGGUGUGGACUUUUCUUCAUGCGUGCAUGGCGCAGGUCGUGUGUGUCUAAACACAAGCAUAUACAGCAUUGCAUUACUACCAACGCUUAUUGGGGAUUAGAGAUCAAUGCGCACGCUUUGAUAAAUUCCAUUAUUCUUUGCCGGGAAAAAGGAUAUGAUUUGGAUAUUACGUUGUGGCAGAGUCAAGCAUGUGAAAGUUUCUUCCGUUCUGCUCGAUCAUUUUCAUCUACCGAAUCAACUGUUGUAAAUUUUGAUAUGAAGACAUUUGAGUCAAGGCUUAACCGGAUCGAAGCUAAAACUGAUAUCAUGUACAAACAAAAAGAUAACUUCACUUUUCCUCGUUUAAAGAACCAAGAAAAGAGCAGCAAACAUUCGCAGUUACCAACGAACAUACAAAUAUCGAAUGUAGUUCAGAAGGCAGAAAUCGAAGCGAAACGUCUUCUCAAGUCACUUGGAGUAAAACUAAGCGUUGAUUCUUUCAAAGAGUGUAUAUACAUACGAAAGCCUAAAACAAAGCCAGAUCCACAAACUGGAAACUUUGAAUUUGUGCCUGUACCCGAUGAACCAUGUGAAGUCAUUAGAGAUAGUGAUGAAGACUUAGUGUAUGAUUGUGAAGAACUUUUGACAGGUACUGAUGUGCAGCUGCAUGUUAAAGAUGCUUCUGGUUUCAACAAAAGAAACACGUUUAAAAUUCGCAACAAAAAUGGUAAGAUUGUUCACGUGAAAAAAUCGACUUUUAUAUGGAUGCUUCAAUCGGAAACGGAAAGAGUUUCGCCCGACCGGUUGCAAAGAUUCAAAGAGUUGCACAAAAAUGAGAAUUUCGUAGCGAUAUUUCAAAACAUACCACUCCAGGAUAUAAGAAUAGGAGAGUGGGUUUUGAUUAGUUAUACUUCAAAACUUCUCGUAUGUAAUGUAUACGGUUUUAUAUAUUUGAGUGGCAAAAGAACAAGUUAUUCACGAACAAGUGCUCCUAUUAGGUGUCCUGAGGAAGCUUUCGCAAGAGGAUUAGGAACAAAGGGGUCGUUUUUUGAAUUAUCGUUUAUUGACGGGGAUUACAUAUUGGAGCUAUUGGAUAAUAGUGAAAAAAUCUGUAUACAGAUAGAAAAUUAUAAAAGCCACCUAACGAGACCUGAAGUAAGCGCAGGGUUAUUAUUGUACGGAAAAGAUUCAGCUGCCUAUAUCAAGGCUUAUAUGGACGGGCCCGUUCCCAUAUUUUGAUUAAUUCAAAAAGAGGUAACUAUCUUUGAACUUAAAAAAAUCAUAACUAGACUGCAAUGUGUCAAAAACUACGCUAUUUGAAAAACUUAACACAGCGAAAAAAA